AUGCCACGAGCCCAAGACCUAGCCACAGCACUGCUGUCCACAACAGAAAAGGCCAUCAUCCCGCUGACGGCCAAGCAAGUGUCGCAGGGGUCGAAGCUGUUCGGGGCGGCGGUGCUGGAGCGGGCGACACUCGCGCCCGUUGUGUGCGCGACCAACAACGAGCGCGAGUCGCCGCUGCUGCACGGCGAGAUCAACUGCAUCCAAGAAUUCUUCCGGCUGCCGCGCGAGGGGCGGCCCGAGACCAAGGAUUGCGUCUUCUUCGCCACCCAUGAGCCCUGCUCGCUGUGCCUGAGUGGCAUCACCUGGUCCGGCUUCAACGAGUUUUACUACAUGUUCACCUACGAGGACAGUCGGGAUCUUUUUGCUAUUCCGUACGACAUCGACAUCCUGAAAUCCGUCUACCAGGUCCCCUCGCCAGGUGACACAGAAGAGACGCUGGCGGCCAAACCCCUGUACAACCGCCAGAACAAGUUCUUCACGGCCCAGUCGCUGGCGGACUUGAUCGACUCGGUUGACGACGAGGCGGCCAGGACGAAGCUGAAGAGCGACCUGGAGCGGGUCAAGAAGCUGUACGACCAGCUCAGCGCGACUUAUCAGGAGGGAAAGAAGAGCGGAGCGACGACGAGCAGCUUCUUCCAAUAA